CAGCUUGGAGCAGAAACCCGAGGUCCACUCAGAAGGCGGUGGGCUUGCAGGCAAGGUUCCUCACCCUGUGGCCAUGGGCGGCAACACUGGGCAGCUUGGCAUUCAUACCUGUAAGUCCCUAGCUGAGGAUGACCACUUUGAUCCUGUGGAGCCUCCCAAAAGACCCACAAGCAAUCUCAUCAUGCACAGCAUGGCCAUGCUUGGCCGGGAGUUCUGCUAUGCGGUGGAGGCAGCCUACGUGACCCCAGUCCUGCUCAGCGUGGGGCUGCCCAAGAGCCUGUACAGCACUGUGUGGCUCCUCAGCCCCAUCCUGGGAUUCCUGCUGCAACCCGUGGGGGGAUCAGCCAGCGACAACUGCCAGGCCAGGUGGGGCCGGCGGAGACCCUACAUCCUCACCCUGGGCAUCAUGAUGCUCCUGGGCAUGGCUCUGUACCUCAACGGGGAUGCUGUUGUAUCAGCCUUGAUUGCUGAUCCAAGAAGGAAGCGGAUUUGGGCCAUAACCAUCACGAUGAUAGGUGUAGUUUUCUUUGAUUUUGCUGCUGACUUCAUUGAUGGGCCCAUUAAAGCCUACUUAUUUGAUGUCUGCUCUUAUGAGGAUAAGGAGAGGGGCCUCCACUACCAUGCCUUCUUCACAGGUUUUGGAGGUGCCCUGGGUUACCUUUUGGGUGCCAUCGACUGGGCCCAUCUGGAGAUAGGAAGAGUAUUGGGUUCAGAAUUCCAGGUCAUGUUCUUCUUCUCCGCCUUGGUGCUUACUUUGUGUUUUAUUAUUCAUCUCUGCAGUAUCCCUGAAGCCCCACUUAGAGAUGUUACAAAGGACAUUCCCCCACAGCAAGCACCCCAGGAUUUUCUAUUGUCAUCAGACAAAAUGUACCAGUAUGGGUCUAUUGAGAAAGCUAAGAACGGUUAUGUAAACCCAGAGCUGGCAUUGCAGGGAGAAAAAACCCCAAAUCCUUCUAAACAGAUUAGUAAGACAAUGACCAUGACCUCACUGCUGAGGGUGCUGAUGAAUAUGCCUUCCCAUUACCUCUGCCUUUGCAUCAGCCACUUCAUUGGAUGGACUGCUUUCCUGUCUAACAUGCUCUUCUUCACAGAUUUCAUGGGCCAGAUUGUAUACCACGGGGAUCCCUACAGUGCACACAACUCCACAGAGUUUCUCAUCUACGAAAGAGGGGUCGAGGUUGGAUGUUGGGGCUUGUGCAUCAAUUCCGUGUUUUCCUCACUUUAUUCUUACUUUCAGAAACCUUUGGUAUCCUACAUCGGAUUAAAGGGUCUUUACUUCACAGGGUAUUUGCUCUUUGGCCUGGGAACAGGAUUUAUUGGGCUCUUCCCGAAUGUCUACUCCACCCUGGCUCUGUGUACCAUGUUUGGUGUGAUGUCCAGCACUCUGUACACUGUGCCCUUUAACCUCAUUGCCAAGUACCACCGCGAGGAGCAGGAGAAGAGACAGCAGGCCCGAGGAGGGAGCCUGGACAGCGGCGAGAGAGGGCAGGGCCUGGACUGCGCAGUCCUCACCUGCAUGGUGCAGCUGGCUCAGAUCCUGGUUGGAGGUGGCCUGGGCUUUCUGGUCAACAAGGCCGGGAGCGUCAUCGUGGUCAUCACGGCCUCUGCGCUGGCGCUGAUCGGCUGCUGUUUUGUGGCUCUCUUUGUUAGAUACGUGGAUUAGGUCAAUAAAGAGAC